CGAUACAACCGAUACAGAGUUCGUAUAUGUUUUAAUUUUGUAAUGAGUCGUUUGGAAGUGGAAGAUGAGAAAUAUGGAAAGAGAAUUUUUGCGAAGAAUCCCAUACUUCCAGAUGUUAAACUUGAAGGAGACAUCGACACCACAACGUUGUUCAAAAGAACUAUUACUUAUCCUCCCUUAUUUGCCAAACAUUCAUGGACAAAAGGUGUUCUCGAGAAGGAUACGCAGAUGUACUUCAAGCCUUCAGAAACCAUAGGUGCAAGUUAUACGCCAAGUGCUCAGACCUUGAGAAUACAAGAUAUGCCCAGAAGAAAAAAGAAAGUCAGUCCAAGUCCGCUGGGUGAAGAUGGAAAGCUGCAGUAUCCACCAAAGAAAUCCAGAAAACAGUUAGAGGAAGAAAAAAAACUAUUGGAGUCAAAAAUGAAACCGGAAAAAAUGGAUACCGGUUUAGUUUAUCUGGAAGAUCUCUUAUCUGGAGAGUAUUAUAGAAGGAAGAAAAAAGAGAAAAUUCUGCAACAAAAAGAGAAGAGAAUGAGAAACAAAUUCGAACUGUUGAAAUGGGAGGGUUUCACUGAUGAGCGAGCGUAA